AUGCAAUCUCUUCCUGCAGACUUUCUGUCGACGCCCACAUCCAGCACCACAGUGUCCCAAGUUAACUUUACUACUACACCACUGCCGGAAUACGCCAAUCUUCAAGCUUUCGUUAUUGACGACGCCCUUACUUCGUCGGAAUGUACUAUGCUUCUCUCGGCCGCAGAAUCAAGUGGCACCUGGAAAAGAGCUAUACUUCAAGUUGGCAACGGACUCCAAAGACAGGAGGAUGACCAACGCAGAUGCGGCCGCCUGAUUUGGGAUUCGUCAGGUGUGGCUCAGAGAAUAUGGGGCAGAAUCAUAUCGUUUGUUCCGGUGAUCGCAAGAUCGGACAGGCAGGCAGAAAUCACUAAUGGAAGUGCUGUCAUGAGAGGUGACGCGUGGGAAGCAAGUCGGCUGAAUGAGAGGUUGAGGUUCUUGAGAUAUGAAGGCGGAGAAUACUUCCGAGUACACGUAGACGGUGCUUAUCAGACCCCUGACGGAAAGCGAGAGAUCCUUCUUCACGUUCCAUCUGUACUUGAACGGCCACGGCAAGAUGAACAACACUUCAGCCACAGACGACGACACAUUCAGGGAGACGCAACCACCAUCCAUUCACACAACAUGAUGCGGAGAUAUGAUGUCUUGCCCAAGACUGGCUGGGUUCUCAUCUUUCAGCACAGAGGCCCCUGGCAUUCGGGAGAUGAUGUGGUUCAAGGUGUCAAGUACACAGUGAGAAGCGACAUUAUGUAUAAGCGCGUGGACAGGAUUGAGCGAAGGUCCGAGUAG